GUCACGUGACUAAAUGGGCCUUGGCUUGCCCGGUUUUGAUGAGACACAUGUAAACUGUAACUAGUUAUAUUUCAUUAAAAAAUGGCAUCCGAUUCAGACUUAAGGAAAGUUGAAGUUGACGUUCGUUAUGGGUAUCUAAUGAUGUUCUCAACCAUAGUUGUUUUUCAUUCUUUGAAUAAGUUUGUCUCACGAUAUGUAGAAACUCCGCAGAGUGUCAAAGAAGACCCAUGGCGAUGGAGGAAUUUAGUUAUAUCUUGGAUUCACGGAAUGAUAUGUGGCACAUGGAAUGUAUUGUGUUUUGUUUUGUAUCCUGAAAUCUUUGAUGACCUAAUUGAACACAUCAACUAUUUCACCUAUAUGAUGGUAGCUUUCUCUACAGGGUAUUUCAUUUAUGAUUCAAUUGAUAUGUACCUAAACGGCAGACUUUUAAGUAACUGGGAAGUUACACUACACCAUAUAGCAGUAACUUCAAUGUUCUGGUCCAAUGUUCAUCAAGGUUCAUGUAUUGGAUAUAACUGUGUGGCCUUGAUGGCCGAAAUAAACAGUUUUUUCCUCCACUCACGUAAACUCCUUCAGAUGUGGAAGAUAGGUUUUGACCACUGGUUCUAUAAACUUGUUACGUAUCUGAACUUAUUUACCUUUGUGAGCUGUCGAGGGUUCUCCAUUUGUAGGAUAUUCUACGGAAUGUACAUAGAGCCCAGUCGAGUUCCCUUCUUCUUUUACUGUUGUCUUUCAUUAUCCAUGUUUGUCAUGUCAGUCAUUAAUGUGGUUUUAUUUUGGCGAUUGUUUAAAAGUGAUAUAUUAAAACCCCCCAAACCACAACUCAAGUUGAAUGGGAAUCACAAUAGCUUUUAUAGAAAAGACGAGUGAAAUGUCAUAUAAGUUGGUUAUUUUUUUUGAUUUUUGAAAUUGCCAUGUGAAAGCAUUGUAAGGGAUACAAUGCUUUUAAUUUCAUGCACUUUCAUGUGUAUAAGAAUGUUCCUUUAAAAGCAUACAUGUAGUUUAUUUUCAAGCUUAUUUCAACAUAUGCACUAUAUUAAAUGUAGUAUGGAGCAGCUGAGUUUCACAAUUUUUUAAAACCAAUUUUUGUGUAACUGUGUUUAGUAGACAAUAUUUAACUCUUUUGACAGUAGGCAUAUGUAUUAAUAUGUUAUCAAAAUUUUUAAUCAGCUGUUCUGCUACAUGGAAUUGACUGGUUAAUUUCCAAAGGUGCUGUCAGUAGACAUUUCGCUAUAUACAGUAUUUCCAUUUUUUUGUAAAAUUGAAAAUUAUGAAUCUCUUGUCCUGGCUGAACUGAUUUUAUUGUCUAUAUUCAUUUUCUUUAAAUUGAUAUUUUAUAUUGAUCCACUUAAGAAUUUUUUUUUAUUUAUCUUUUUCCAUUUCAUAACAAUCAGAUGUGAAAUUUGAUACUUAUUUAUAUGGUAUAUAAUAUAUAUGGAAUUGAAAAGUUACAAGUUACCCUUCUUUUUUUUUCAAAGAAAAGAUUUAUACGUGGUAGUAAUUUUUAACUAAAAUGACCCCAGAAUAUGUUUUGUGAUUCAUAAUAUAAUCCACAGAAUAUACCUACAGGAAUGUAGAUUGUAUGAAGGAAAAGUUAAUAUAUAUUUUGAGUCUCAUAAACUUUAUAUACCAGACAUUUUCAAUAAGUCUCAUUUCUAUUUUUAUUUUUUAUUUUUUUUGUAUCUGGUGUACAUGCAGUGAGUGUAUAAAUGAUACUUGCUUUAAAUUCUGUAAGUUUACUUCCAGUAUUUUGAUGUUGUAUGAAAAGUGACACUGUAUGUAUUGAAUGAAUGAGUUAAACAUAUAGAUCUGUCUUACCAUGGAUGAGAUUUAUGAAGUUUUGAAACAUUUUACCAUUUGCUUUUGUAAGUUGUGAAGAAAUGUAACCCAAGAAGUUUUAUUCUUGUUAAACAAUACAGAUAGUCUAAUUUAGGUUGUGAACAGCAUGCAAAACAGUAGCAAUGUUGAGAUUUUUUUUAGAUAAAAAAAAUGUUUGAGGAAUGUAUUGUACAUUGUAUGGAUUUGCACAAACCAUUUUUACCUUGAUACAUAUUCCUUUUUCAUUUUGAUUAAUGAUGUGUUUAAAUUGGAAGACAAUUUGGGAAAAAUGUACAAAUUUAAAGCUGCUACACAAAUUACAAUUUUUUCUGCUUGUUUAUUUUUUAUUACAAGUAAGUCAUAUAAUGGCAGGCUUUAUCCAUUUAUUUUCAUAACACAUUUUCAAAACAGAAAAUCCCAUCCUUGGCUAUUUGAAGAACACUUGUGAACUUUUUUGGAAAGGGGAAUCUCAUAAGAAAAAGAAGGGGGCUAGAAACAGAAAUAAACAUAUUUACUUAUUUAGAGGGUAACAAAAAAAACAACACCUAGAACUAAGAUAUCAAAAUUGUUUAUAAUGAGUGCAAUAUCUAAGUUAAAGUAACAUAACACUACUACAAAGUUAUUGAAUUAUUACAUUGAAUUUUAUCCUGAAUAUUUUUGUCCAUCCCAGUUUUCAGCUCAGAAUAAAUAGAGUUUUCUUAGUUUUAACAAGCUGCCUAAAAGCAUGGUUCAUGAUAAAGCUGUUCACAAAGACUCAGUAUUAAGUAAUUAUUGUGUUAGCUUUUACCGGUAAGCUGCUUCUAGUCUGCCCUUAUUUAGUUACUGUUCUUGCUUCUUGUGCUGUAUUACUUGUGCCUUAUUUGUUAUUUGGUGUAGGUAUGUUUUAAAAUUUUCAUUUUUCUAUGUUUCAUGGCAUUAAUCAUGCUUAAACUGCUCUUAAUCAUUUUCUCACCCAAAGAAUCAAUUUCAUAAAUAAUGGGAUAGACAUAUAGCUUUUUUGUGCAUUACAUGAAUAUAAAAAAAAGAAGAAAAGACUUUCAUACAAUAGCUUUUUUAUCACAAGCUUACUUAACAGCUAAAAUUGUACAGUGUUUUAUAGUUAGCAUUUUGCACAUCAUGUCAGAUGUGGAAUCAGUAGAUCUAUUUUAUUGCUGCUUAUGUUCAUCCCGUGCCUCUUUCCCAUGUAUCGGUAUAAUGACUGAAGACUAGGGUACAUAGUUCCACGAUCAGUUCCUAAAGUUCUGCUUUAAGUCAGUGUAUUUAUAAAUAAUAUUUUUUUAUAUGGUUUGUCAUAAAUGAAGAUGUUGAGUGUAAGAAAUCAUUCAUAUAUUUAAAAUUGUUGCCAUAAUUGUUCUGAUUUACCAU